CAUUAUAUAAUAAGCAYUUCAGGGUUUAUAAACAUCACCUGACACAACCCACGGGCGGAGAUUCGCCAGAUUGAAGGUUCCUCUCCCCUACUCCUUUUCCUGCUGCUCACAGAAUAUUUUUUAUCAAGCCUUCGUCAUUCRGAAUCCAAGGAAUGUUACUCUGUUUGUUGCGUUGCGACAAAGGUGUUUUCCGUUACAGGUCUCUAUCCUAACCCCAGACCUAACUUCAGUUGUCUAACUGAGGGAGUUUGUCAUGGAKAUUUUUGCGAUAAAGGAGAGCUUUAUUUUUGCUCGGCUCUUUAUCAACUCCAUUGAACUUUUACAUCCAGCUAUCAUCUGCCGUUUGGGAUAACGUUGAGGAAUUMAAACGGAUCACCACACAGAGAAGAYGUGGGACGAGGAACACUGCUGGUGUGAACCUGGAUAUUAUCCAUCAACAACAGAGCUGCUGAUGUCGAUAUAAAAAGCAAUAAACUUCUGAGAAGAAAAAAAGUAAAAAUUGGGUGGUCAUCGUUGUGUCUGGUCACUGAGAUAUGGCUUCUAGCCUAACAAGUGCGGGUGUGGUGUGGGCCCUGCUUUCCUUCCUGUGUGCUGCGGCCUCUUGUGUGGGUUUCUUCAUGCCCUACUGGCUCCUAGGGUCCCAGAUGGGUAAACCGGUCUCCUUCGGGACCUUCCGGAGGUGCUCGUACCCAGUGCGUGAUGAGGCUCGCCAGGCCACGGUGAUGCUGGAGCAGUGUGGGCGCUACGCCUCGUUCCAGGGCAUCCCUAGUCUGGAAUGGAGGAUUUGUACGGUGAUAAUCGGGUUGGGCUGUGGCCUGCUACUCCUGGUGGCGCUCACGGCCCUCAUGGGAUUCUGUUUGUCUGAUCUCAUCUCCAGGACAAUUGGACGCGUGGCCGGGGGCAUCCAGUUUUUGGGGGCGUUGCUGAUUGGGUCGGGGUGUGCGCUCUACCCUCUAGGUUGGGACAGUGACGAAGUCCGACAGACCUGCAGCAACAGAUCCAACCAGUUUGAGCUUGGUUCUUGUGAGAUUGGCUGGGCGUUCUACUGUACCGGAGCAGGGGCAGCAGCAGCCAUGAUGUUAUGCACCUGGAUGGCCUGCUUCGCUGGGAAGAGACAGAAGCAGUACCCCUACUGAUGUCAUCAAGGUGGGACAGCCACAGCGACCAUGAUGUUAUGCACCUGGAUGGCCUGCUUCGCUGGGAAGAGACAGAAGCAGUACCCCUACUGAUGUCAUCAAGGCGGGACAGCCACAGAGACCAUGAUGACCACCUCCCCCCAACACCCCCAACACCUGUCAUCACUGGCAAUUGAAGAGACUCAGAGCAAAGGAGAAUAUCAGGGGGGCAGAGUCUGUGGGCGCAUUCGACAUUGCAGCUGACUUUAAAGGCGAGUCGAGACUGAGUUACAAAUCACCAUCAUAAAUAACUACUCAAUAUUAUUUGUAGUUCAGUCAGUCACAAUUUUUAAAAGAGUGGAGUCUACAUACUUGUUGUUCUUGCUGUCAAUGAAUACAAACUGUUUCUAUCUCUAUUUUCCUUGGUUUGUAUGGUUGCUUCUCUAUUCCUCCUCUAUUCUAUUCUGUCAUGUCCCUGUACUAUAACUUUGUGGUAACUGAAGUAGUGGCACAACCAGUGGUAAAGAGAUAUUACAUUACUAUACUGUUGAUAUUACUUUGUUAUUGUAUUUUACAUCCUGUAUUUAAUAAAUGUGUAAUGUACCCCCA